AUGCCGACCUCUUCCAUUGUUCCAGGCAGAACGCAUGAGAAACGCAACCUGGCGAUUCUGGCAGCAUCUCUGCUGCUGCUGCUCCAGCAGACAGCUUUUGUCUCUGCUUCGAAACAGACCCUCUCUCCAUUCGACUGCGGGAAUGUCGCCGUCUCAUCGAAACAGUCAUUCGAUCUCUCCAAAAUUUCCUAUCCCAUCCGCACUUCCAACACCGAGUCAACACCUCCAUCAGAAACAAAGACUUCGAUCGACAUUGAUCUCUGCAAGCCGCUCGAUGCUGACCCAAAUCGUGACGAGAAAGAUCAGUGCCCGCGUGGAACAAGGAUAUGCAUCACAAUCGAGACCAUCAAGGACGGCAAGACCAUCGUGACGCAAGCAAUCCCAGUAGCUUAUUCCGGCGAGUCAGGCGGAAGUAAGAUUGAAGCCAAAGUAGAAUGGGGCGAAGAGCUCGAAGGUGGAGAGAAGAGCAUCGAGCUUCAAUUGCCAGGUGCCACGUACGCUGGCCGUGAGCAGAAGGCGGAGCUUGAGCUUGUUUGCGAUCCAAAAGCAGACGCUGACUCUCAUCCCACUGCUCGAAGCUAUGACCGUUCAGAUGGAAAGCUGAAGCUUCGCUGGCCGACCAAGUUCGCCUGUUCUUCUGCUGCCAGCAAACCAGGCAGUGGAGGUGGGUCUCCGUCCAAAGGCGGCUCUGAUGACGGCGACAAAGGCAACAGCGGAAGUGGAUCAGAUGCUUCAAGCGGAUGGGGCUUCUUCAGUUGGCUCUUCUUCCUGCUUUCUGUCGGCUUCGUUGCUUAUAUGGGUAUUGGAAUGUACAACAACUACAACAAUUACGGUGCAAGUGGCUGGGAUUUGGUUCCGCAUAAGGACUUUUGGAGGGAAUCUCCUUACAUUGCUCGCGAUGCUGCUUCUCAUGUCUGGCAGACAGUUUCAGGAAAUCGCGGAGGCGGAGGCGGGUUCGGAGGAUCUGGCGGUCGCGGAGCCUACGAGCCGAUUUGA